AUGACAGUCGGUUCUAAUGACCAGAACAUCUCAUUCUUCGCCAGCGGCGAUUACAACGAAACCUACAUCUACGGAACCGAUGGACUUUGUACAAAGGCCUACUCAUCUAGAGCAUGCGUGACAUUCCGUGGCGGCGCAUAUGAUGCAUCAGAAUCUUCUACGGACAAGUCAAUCGGCGAUCGAAAAGACAGCGAUGGCUUCAAGGCCGACUGGACAGAAGACACUCUCAGCUUUGGCGACAACACCACGCUUUCUACAUUCGGAUUCGGCGUUCCGGAACAAGAUCUCAAUCAAGCUUUCACCAGCCAGUCUCAACUUGGACUAGGCAGCAACUCGUCCUUCCUGAACGCACUCAUAUCCGCCGGUGAUAUAGGCACGAAGGCAUACUCAAUGUUUUGGGGGCUGGUCGGUGGCCCUGCGGAGAAGCAGACUCGGGGCUCGCUGAUUCUCGGUGGCUUGGACAGAUCAUUGAUCGCGGAUGAAAACGACAACUUCACGGCCCCGCUAUACCAUGGCGGUAAGUGUGGAACGGGUAUGGUGGUGACCAUUGGCGACAUCCUUCUCAACUGGCCCAAUGGUACCGAUAUGAGCGUCUUCAUGGGUUCACAAUCAGCGGCUAUGCAAGCAUGCAUCAGUCCCAGCUUUGCAGGGCUGAUGUCUCUUCCACUGAGCUACUACAACAACUUUUGGUCGCUCGCAGGUGGAACGCCACCAGAUGACAAGACGGAGGCGAGAAGCCUCGGCAUCAACUACUUCACGAUGCUCUUUGAGCCAAACAACGUUUACUACGGUGGUCUAACGAUCCAACUCCAAAACAGCGUCUCCGUAAAGAUCCCCAACACCGAACUAGUCGUUCCCGAUACAUAUAUCGCCUCCGAUGGCGCGGUUCAGACGAACACAUCGGUCCGCAACGUCGUGAUCAACUCUCUGCAAUUCGAGAACGACAACGAUCUACCAGUCCUGGGCCGCCUAUUCAUGAGCUCUGCCUACCUAAUGGUCAAUCAAGAUGCUGGGAUGUUCUCCAUCUGGCAAGCAAACACCGGAUCGAAGACUUCCGACAUCGUCGCAGUGGAUAAGCAAAACAACAUGGUCAGCGAGUUCUGCGCGAACUCUAAGGGGGGCUCGCCUAGCGCUACAUCCUUGCCCACGUCUUCCGCCACACCCCCGCCACAAAAAGAAACGUCGAAAUUAUCAGGUGGCGCGAUGGGCGGCAUAGCUGCUGACGGCGAUCAACCAGCACUGCAACGGAGGUGGCACAAGAACCAGAGUCGCAAACAGCAGAUGUAA